AUGUUUAUUUUGCACAGUCACUCCAUCAUGUCAAUAGAGCUGAGAUUGCAAGAAGAUAUCAAGGAGAGCGAAGGCACACGGUGUGAUAUACCGAAGAUAGAUCCAUUUGACAAGGAAAUCAUGCAGAUGAUUGAAAAUUUAAAUGUAGAGAAAGAUUACAAAAUACAAUGCAAAGGUUUUGAUUGGGUGCGAUGCGAGUGCGUCCACUUCAUCGGCAUUACCGACGGCGACGCCGACACCGUUUCUUCAUACAUUUAUGACAAUCCGUUUGGUACGAUAAGUACGAAGCAGAUACCUAGGUGGACGCUUACCUUAAUUAACCUGACCAGCCAUUGGUCCGGCUACGGAGCAGGGUUCCGUAAGGUGUUCAGAGUCGCCCCAGACCCUGACAGGGUCGAUAGCAUCAACGUGGUCUUCCUUGGCUUCGACUCCACGUCUAGAAACGGGUUCUUGAGAGACAUGCCUCGUACUCUGAAGGUGUUGAAGGAUUUCGGAGCUGUCAUUAUGAAUGGCUACAACAUCCUCGGCGACGCCACGCCGGCCACCAUGUUCCCCCUCCUCACAGGCCACACAGAGCUGGAGCUCCCAGACCGCCGCCGAGGGUUCUCUGGGGCGUAUGUUGACGACUUCCCGUUUGUGUUCAAGAGGCUUUGGGGUGAUGGCUACCGCACAGCAUACUUCGAAGACUCCCCCGAAAUCGGCACUUUCCAAAUGCGAUUCAACGGCUUCUGCAACCCUCCCGCCGACCACUACCUGCGGCACUUCUUCCUCUUGGCCAAUGAAGUUGACAGGGAGGACGCUGGGCCGUACUCUGAUCAGUAUUACUGCACCGGGGAUACCACCACUUAUCAGCUUAUGUUAAACAAAACUGAAGAGUUCAUGAAACUCGAAGGCAAGAAGUUCGCAUUCACAUUCAUAGUAGAGAUGACGCACGACCGAGGCAUGCUGUCGACCACAGACCAGGCGGUCGCUGAUUGGCUGAUCAGGUUCAAGCGGCAGGGACACUUGGAAAACACCCUGUUUGUUCUGCAUUCUGACCACGGGCCCAGACGCGAAAGCCUUCGCCGCACUUUUACGGGAAAACUAGAGGAAAGGUUGCCAUUCCUAGCCAUUACACUGCCAGAGAGCUACAAGAGAUCACACCCUGAAGCUCUGAGACAACUGCAAGCCAAUCAGGACAGGCUGACGACUCCACACGAUCUGUACGCUACCUAUGUCCACAUGACUGGCCUUUACGAGUAUCUUAAUUUGUACAGAAUACCAGGAACCUCUUUGUUAAGAGGCAUGUCUCUACUAGAGCCCAUCCCAGCAUCCCGGAGGUGCGCGGAAGCCGGCAUCGAGGUGCACUGGUGCGCUUGUGUGCGGUGGUCCAACGUGUCCAGACACGACCCGUUGUACCACCGCAGUGGGGAGGCACUGGUCCAAUAUAUUAACAGCUUGACUAGUACUGGGGCUACGAGAUCACUAUGUGCUACUCGCUAUCUGAGAACAAUAGACUAUGUCUUAGAACAAUCCCCCGAUACAAAACUAUUGAGGUUCAGAGCUAGCCUGGAUAAUGACCACUUUAUACCGGGUUUUCAUAAAGAAAAUGUGGGUCACGCCAAUAAAACUACUUACAGUAUCAAGAUAGUGACAGGACCGGGUGAAGGCGUGUAUGAAUCAACAAUGUUUUAUAUAAAAGCAGACGACCGAUUUAUAUUGGACUAUCGAUCGAUAUCUAGAGUCAAUUCAUAUAACGAAGAACCUAGAUGUGUUCGAGAGACGUAUCCUCAUUUGAACAAGUUUUGUUAUUGCACGCAAUAUUUAACUUGAAACUUUGAUUACUUAACUACUUUUGUAUCCUUGUUAAUUUUAUUAUUCUUGUUAGUUGGUA